UAAUUCUUUGGAAAAUACAGACGUGAAAAAUAACUUUUUAUUCAGUAAAACUUUGUUAGAAGUUGCACUGUUACAGUCAAAUAUUAAAAUGUCUCAUAGUAAUAUCAGAAAAGUCUAAAGAGCAAACUAAACUCAGUUUUAGAGACCAACAUGAGAGCUGUACAGAUCUGUUACUAGUCUUGGAGGACCUUCUAGGCGUUCCCUGUGUAGGGUGGGCAGCAUACCCUCUUGUCGGCUGAGAAUUCUCGUUGUUGACACUUCGUCGGAGAAAAUGGCGACUGGAGUGAGACAGGAGCUUGCACAGCUUAUGAAUUCAAGCGGAUCUCACAAAGAUCUCGCUGGAAAAUAUCGACAGAUUCUUGAGAAGGCCAUCCAAUUCACAGAUGCAGAACAAUUGGAAUCAUUAAAAGCAUUCGUUGAAGCAAUGGUCAAUGAGAACGUCAGCUUAGUGAUCUCUAGACAGCUGCUGACAGACUUCUGCACAAACAUACCCAGUCUUCCUGACAGCACAGCCAAGUCAGUUUACCACUUCACACUAGAGAAGAUACAGCCCAGGGUCAUCUCAUUUGAAGAACAGGUGGCCUCCAUCAGACAGCACUUAUCCACCAUCUAUGAGAAGGAGGAGGACUGGAGAAACGCUGCUCAGGUUCUAGUGGGCAUUCCUCUGGAGACAGGACAGAAGCAGUACAAUGUAGACUAUAAGUUGGACACGUACCUGAAGAUUGCCCGUCUGUACCUGGAGGAUGAUGACCCUGUUCAGGCCGAGGCCUACAUCAACAGAGCCUCUCUGCUCCAGAACGAGUCCACCAACGAACAGCUACAGGUACACUACAAAGUGUGCUACGCCAGAGUGCUGGACUACAGGAGGAAGUUUAUUGAGGCGGCUCAGAGGUACAACGAGCUCUCCUACAAGUCCAUCGUCCAUGAGACCGAGCGUCUAGAGGCCCUGAAACACGCUCUCCACUGCACCAUCCUGGCAUCAGCAGGCCAGCAGCGCUCCCGUAUGUUAGCUACCCUGUUUAAAGACGAGCGCUGUCAGCAGCUGGCGGCCUACGGCAUCCUAGAGAAGAUGUACCUGGACCGCAUAAUCAGGGGGAACCAGUUGCAGGAGUUUGCUGCCAUGCUCAUGCCCCACCAGAAAGCCACCACGGGGGAUGGCUCCAGCAUAUUGGACAGAGCCGUUAUUGAACACAACCUACUGUCUGCUAGCAAACUUUACAACAACAUCACGUUUGAAGAGCUGGGGGCGCUUCUGGAGAUCCCUCCCGCUAAGGACGAUUAUCUCCAUGGUGAGGUCCCUGGUUACAGAUGCAGUCUGGCUGAGAAGAUCGCCUCCCAGAUGAUCACAGAGGGACGCAUGAACGGCUUUAUCGACCAGAUAGACGGAAUCGUCCACUUUGAGACACGGGAGCCCCUGCCCACCUGGGACAAGCAGAUCCAGUCUCUAUGUUUUCAGGUGAACAACCUGCUGGAGAAGAUCACUGCUGCUGCUCCUGAGUGGACAGCCCAGGCCAUGGAAGCUCAGAUGACCCAGUAGACUGACUGAUACCCCCUGGCCCGGAACAUCCCACAUGACCCCCCACACCAGGGCACACCCCCUGGCCCGGAACAUCCCACAUGACCCCCCACACCAGGGCACACCC